CAUGGAGUGCGAUGAGGGUAAAGAGUCCGAGAACCACCACGUGGACGACGUUACUGAGAGCACGCAGACCGGGGAGGAGCUCACCAAAGACAAGGAAACUAAAGCCAACAUGAAAACCAGAGGAGACCUGAAGGCAGUUAAAAAAGAACCCGCCCCCCAAGCUGAGAACUCCGAGGACCCACUGACCACUGACGGCAAAGACGACGUGGUAUUUGUAGGUGAGGAAAUAGUUAAGAAGCCGGAAGGAGAGCGGCCGAAGAGCCGCCGAUCACAACACAUAGAAGAGAACGGGGAUCGCAUCGCCUCGGAGACCGGGGAGAAGAACAGCUGUCUGCCGGAAGAAAAAGCGGCGGGCGAGCCCCCCGAAAAACAAGCCGACUCACCGCAGCCCAGCCAGACCUUCCCACGGAGGAUGAGGCUACGACCCACACUGAAACCUCGUACUACCGUUCCCAUCAACCCUGAACGCAGCAUCAGCACAGAUUCCGAAUCGGCCAUCAAAGAUGAACAAUCCUCCUCGAAGGAUGCGAAGGAAGCGGACGAGGAAUCUGGCACCAAACCCGAUGACGGUCCGGAUGACAAGGCCUCUGAAGAGGACAAAUCUCUGGAACCGAUGCGUAGAGAGAGGACGCGCAGAUCUGAAAGUCUCCGAGCUGAGGAGAGUAUCCGCGCCCCCCAGGACAGCAUGCAGAUUUCUGAUGAAGACUCGGACGCCAUGGUGGACGAUCCAAACGACGAGGACUUCGUUCCCAACCGCAGCGCUCCAAAGCGCCCGACGCGCAUGUCUCUGCGCAACCAAGUGCCGCCGCGGCCUCCGAAGCCAACUCUCACCAAGAUGUCUUGUGCCCAGUGCCGCACGCCUCUGCAGAAAGGACAGACCGCCUAUCAGCGCAAGGGUCUGCCGCAGCUCUUCUGCUCCUCCACGUGUCUCACCACCUUCUCCAAGAAACCGCUUUGCAAGAAGAUUUGUACUUUCUGUAAGAAGGACAUCCGGACCUCCAAAGACUCGGUGGUUGCCCAGACUGGUCCUGCAGGGUCCUUCCAGGAGUUCUGCUCGAAUGCGUGCCUUUCCCUCUUCGAGGCCCAACCCCGAUCCAGUACCCAGAGCUCCACCGAUGUUCCCGAUAUCAUCAAAUGUAGUAUCUGCCACAAGAGCGGCGAGAUUCAGCACGAGGUCAGCAAUGGCAGCGUAGUCCACCGGCUGUGCAGCGACACUUGCUUCACUAAGUUCCGUGCCACCAAAGGCCUGAAAACCAACUGCUGUGACAACUGUGGCAUCUACAUCUACAACAAGGGCCUGCCGCUGGAGUACUUGUUCCACGAGGGCCAGCAGAAGCGCUUCUGUAAUGCUGCGUGUCUCAACAACUACAAGAAGAAAAACACGAAGGUUUACCCUUGCAUGUACUGCAAAACACUCUGCAAGAACUUCGAAAUGCUCUCCAACGUGGACAAGAACGGGCGCACGGGUCUUUUCUGCUCCAUCUGCUGCAUCACGUCACACAAGGUCAAACAGGCGGGACUGACAGGUCCUACUCGUCCCUGCAGCUUAUGUCGGCGCACUCUGUCUGAACCGGCUUAUUAUAACAAGACGGAGCGCGUGGUCUACCAGUUCUGCAGUCCCAGUUGUUGGACCAAGUUCCAGCGUACCAGUCCGGAGGGCGGAAUCCACCUCAACUGCCACUAUUGCCACAAUAUGUUCACCGGAAAACCGGAGCUGUCCCCUUUCCAGGACCACGUCUACCAGUUCUGUUGUAAGGAUUGCUGUGAUGAUUACAAGCGCCUCCACGGAGUCGUGUCCCAGUGUGAAUACUGCAAGCAGGAGAAGCUUCUCCAUGAGAAGAUCCGCUUUUCUGGGGUAGAGAAGAACUUCUGCAGUGAAGGUUGUGUGCUGCUAUACAAGCAAGACUUUACCAAGAACCUCGGCCUGUGCUGUAUAACCUGUACGUAUUGUUCUCAGACCUGCCAGCGUGCUGUCACCGAAGAACUGGACGGCAGCACAUGGGACUUCUGUAGUGAGGAAUGCAAGAGCAAGUAUCUGCUGUGGUACUUCAAGGCAGCCCGAUGUCACGCAUGCAAGCGGCAGGGAAAACUGGUGGAGACGAUUCACUGGAGAGGGGAGAUCAAACAUUUCUGCAACCAGCAAUGUCUGUUACGUUUCUACAAUCAGCAGAACCAGCCGAAUCUGGACACCCAGAAGGGGCCCGAGAGCUUGCUGCACAGUAAGAAAGGUCAAAGUGUAGGAACCAAAACCACCCCAAACUCGCAGGCGAAAAGCGAGAGCAGCCCGGCUUCACCAAAACCACAAUCCCCGCAGACGGCCUCCGCCCCUCCCCCCCCGCCCAGUCCCACGGUCCCCCAAGCGGAUUGGAAGCCGCAGAUCAUCGUGCUGCCCAUUCCGGUGCCCAUAUUUGUGCCAAUUCCCAUGAACUUAUACUCUCAGAAAGUGCCUGUUCCCUUCACCAUGCCCCUUCCGGUGCCUGUGCCGCUGCUGCUUCCCACCACUCUGGAGAGCACAGACAAAAUCUUGGAAGCCAUUGAAGAGCUGAAAGUGAAAAUCCCGUCCAACCCCCUGGAAGCCGAUAUCCUGGCCAUGGCGGAGAUGAUUGCAGAAGCCGAGGAGCUGGACAAAUCCUCCGCUCUUGCAGAGAUGUCCAGUGACCAGAGUGCGGAAGGCCUUCUGGAAGAUUGUGAUAUUUUCAGUCCCUCUCGAGAUGAUGUUCUGGCGAUGGCGGUUAAAAUGGCGAAUGUUCUGGAGGAACCCGGACACGACCUGGAGGCCGACUUUCCCAAAAAUACAUCGGACGUCAGUCAGAGCGUGGAUUACUUGUUUGACUGCGGCCUGGUCGGGGCAGACGAAGCGCAAGAACAAGAAUCAUCGCGGGUGGUGAAGAAAGGUCCCAAGCGCAUGAUUCUAUCGGAAAGGGAGAGCUCCUCGCGGGACUCCGCCUCCAGCCAGCACACGAGCACACACCUCAGCUACACGUACGGCGUGAACGCAUGGAAGUCCUGGGUGCAGCGGAAGUACGAAGGGGGAGAGCCGAGCAAAGGAGAGGAAAUCCGCUUUGGACCAAAGCCCAUGCGUAUAAAGGAGGACAUCCUGGCGUGCACGGCUGCCGAGCUGAACUACGGCCUGGCGCAGUUUGUGAAGGAGAUAACGCGACCGAACGGAGAGCGCUACGAGCCGGACAGUAUAUUUUAUCUCUGUCUCGGUAUACAGCAGUAUCUCCUGGAGAAUAACCGGAUGGUGAACAUCUUCACAGACCUGUAUUACCUGACCUUCGUCCAAGAGCUGAACAAGAUACUGACCGCCUGGCACCAGAACCUGACGCCGAGCAGGCUGAUGUGCUCACGUGUGGAGGAAGAACAUCUGUGGGACUGUAAGCAGCUGGGCGUGUACUCCCCCUACGUGCUCCUGAACACGCUCAUGUUCUUUAACACCAAGUACUUUGGCUUGCGCACCGCCGAGGAGCACUUGCAGCUGUCCUUCACCAACGUCGUCCGACAUUCCCGCAAGUGCGCCACCAACAGGGGAGCAUCGAAAAUCAUCAGCAUCCGCCAUUACCCUCCCUCGCUGCAGAGGAGGUGCAAAGAGAGCGCAUCUAAGAGGAAGCGGGAAGAAGACCAGGUGGCCGCGCUGGAGCAGCAGGAGAACAAGCAGAACCCGCUGCGCUGCCCUGUGAAGUUCUACGAGUUUUACCUUUCCAAAUGCCCUGUGAAUCUCCGCAACCGCUCGGACGUCUUCUACCUGCAGCCGGAGCGAUCGUGCGUGGCCGAGUCUCCUCUCUGGUAUUCUGUCAUCCCCAUGGACAAAAACAUGCUCCAGAGUAUGCUGAGCCGUAUCCUGGGCGUGCGGGAAGUGUACGAGGAACAGUUACGUGGGGGGGGUGAGGACCACGAGUGA